GGCGUGGAGCUUGUGAUUGUUGAUGAUAUUCUUCUCAAUUCUUCUGUUGUCAAGUCCCAACAACAGUAUCAUUGACACCUACGUGGAAAAUCACGCUCCAUCAUGAAUAUUCCCCCAAUCCAACAAGCCGGCAUGCAGAUGGGACAGAUGCCCCAGCCCAACAACCCCCAGAUGUCCCAGAACCCCCAACAAGUCCAGCAGCAACAACAGCAGCAGCAACAACAGGCUCAAGAGAAACUGGACAACAUCUCCAAGGUGAAGUCCCUCGUGGGUCCCUUGAAGGAGUCCCUGGCGAUAGCCAUGAAGUCGGCGGCCCAGACCUUCCACCAGAAUAGUCUAGUGGACGUCGGCUCACUCAAGGGCAUCGAGCCAACCGACCAUCGGUUCAACAAGAACUUCGAGGAGUUCUUUUCGAUCUGCGAUCAGAUCGAGCUGCAUCUCAAGACUUCGAUUGAAUGCUUGUCACAGAACUCUAGUUCUGUGAGGUAUCAGCCGAUGGCCGUGGUUCCCACCAGGGUCGAGCCUGUUUCCAAUCAGGAGGGACCUGCACUGACUUAUCCACAGUUCCUCAUGACUGUUAAAGCUCAGGUCGGGUUCUUCAGGGAGGUUCAUGACACUUUGGUCACUGCUGCUCAUGCUAUAUCUGAUUGAGGCUUGGAGUAGAAUGUUUUUGUAAAUAGGUAGAGGGCAAUUCGUGGAAGAUGAAGAAAUCUUUUUUGUAGGGACGAACAUCUCUGCGUCAAAUGUAUUUUCACUUCUUGCUGUGAAGUCUCUUGGGUUUAGGGGGAGAAGUGGAAUGAUCUCUUUGUUAUAACCACUCCGUUGGGGAUGGUAAUUGAUCAGAGCAGAUAGUGCAGAAUGAAAGUUGAUGAUGAUUAUGUAAUGAUUGUGGAAGUUUUGUGCAUAAUAAAUAUGUGAUUUUUUUCAACAAUU